CCGCCCAUCGUCUUCACCUUUAUCUUGGUCUUAGAGAGAGAAUCGAAUCAACGACUGUUAGUAUUGCGUUGCUUGCUGGUUCUAACACUUUACUAGCUUGCUCAUUUAACUCUAUUUCUCUCUCUCCCAUUGCUUCCAACAUCUCCUUCUGCUUCAUCCUUCAUCUUUCUCAGAUCUGCUUGUGUUCCGCUGUCGGUGGGGGUAUCUGGGGACUGACUAUCUUCAAACCCAGCUUCCGAGAUGAGUAUGUAUGGUAGGGAUCCAUGGGGUGGCCCGCUGGAGAUUCAUGCCACGGAUUCCGCCACUGACGAUGACCGGAGCCGGAAUCUGCAGGAUUUCGAUAGGGCUGCGCUUUCUCGGCCACUGGAUGAGACCCAGCAAAGCUGGCUUCUUGGACCUGGCGAGCAGAAGAAGAAGAAGUAUGUGGAUCUGGGAUGUAUCAUUGUGAGCCGCAAGAUAUUCGUUUGGACGGUGGGGACGCUUCUUGUAUCUGCCUUCUUGGCUGGCUUCAUUACCCUUAUCGUCAAGGUCGUUCCUCGCCACCACCAUAAGGCUCCCCCUCCUGAUAACUACACUUUAGCUCUUCACAAGGCUCUUAUGUUCUUUAACGCCCAGAGAUCUGGGAAACUCCCUAAGCAUAACAAUGUUUCAUGGAGAGGUAACUCCUGUAUGCAAGAUGGCAAGUCUGAUACAUCAAGUUCAAUAAAGGAUCUGGUUGGUGGCUAUUAUGAUGCUGGAGAUGCUAUUAAGUUCAACUUCCCUGCGUCUUUUGCCAUGACCAUGUUGAGCUGGAGUGUAAUAGAAUAUAGUGCCAAAUACGAAGCUGCUGGGGAGCUCAACCAUAUCAAGGAUAUAAUUAAAUGGGGGACAGAUUACCUUCUGAAGACCUUCAAUAAUUCUGCUGAUACCAUAAGUACAAUUGCCGCACAGGUUGGAGCAGGGGAUACUUCUGGAGGAAGUACAACUCCAAAUGACCAUUACUGCUGGAUGCGUCCAGAGGACAUUGAUUAUGAGAGACCUGUCUAUGAAUGUCACAGCUGCUCAGAUCUUGCUGCAGAAAUGGCUGCUGCUUUAGCUGCUGCAUCCAUUGUUUUCAAAGAUAACAAAGCCUAUUCACAGAAACUUGUUCAUGGUGCGACGACACUAUUUAAAUUUUCAAGGGACCAAAGAGGAAGAUAUAGUGCAGGUGGUUCAGAUGCUGCGUUAUUCUACAAUUCCUCCAGCUACUGGGAUGAAUUUGUAUGGGGAGGGGCUUGGAUGUAUUAUGCAACUGGAAAUUCUUCCUACCUGAAGCUUGCUACUACUCCUGGUCUUGCUAAACAUGCCGGUGCCUUUUGGGGAGGGCCUGAUUAUGGUGUUUUGAGCUGGGAUAACAAGCUUGCUGGUGCUCAGGUUCUCCUGAGUCGCUUAAGAUUGUUCUUGAGUCCUGGUUACCCAUACGAAGAAAUUCUAAGGACCUUCCACAAUCAGACCAGUAUAAUUAUGUGCUCUUAUCUGCCGGUUUUCACAAGCUUUAACAGAACAAAAGGGGGUUUAAUUCAGUUGAACCAUGGUAGACCUCAGCCUCUACAAUACGUCGUCAAUGCAGCCUUUUUGGCUACUCUAUAUAGUGAUUAUCUUGAUGCUGCUGAUACACCAGGGUGGUAUUGUGGACCCAAUUUCUUUUCUACUGACGUUCUUCGGGAAUUUGCCAAGACCCAGAUUGACUACAUCCUUGGGAAGAACCCUCGAAAAAUGAGCUAUAUUGUAGGUUUCGGUAAACAUUACCCAAAGCAUCUUCACCACAGAGGUGCAUCCAUACCGAAGAACAAGGUUAAGUACAACUGCAAAGGAGGAUGGAAAUGGAGAGACUCGAAAAAACCAAACCCGAAUACAAUGGUUGGAGCCAUGGUUGCUGGUCCUGACAGGCAUGAUGGUUUCCAUGAUGUUCGUACUAACUACAACUACACAGAGCCAACUCUUGCAGGAAAUGCUGGCUUGGUAGCAUCACUAGUGGCCUUGUCAGGUGACAAAAGCACAAGAAUUGACAAAAACACCAUUUUCUCCGCCGUUCCUCCUAUGUUUCCAACACCGCCGCCGCCUCCAGCACCAUGGAAACCAUGAGGUGCUAUGCUAUUCAUUAUAUUUUUGGGCUGAGCGUGUCCCAAAUGACCUGAAGACGAAGAGGAAGACUGAAGGGCAUGAACAGAAUGGAAGUUAUGGGACAAGAUCUAGUAAAUCUAGUUGGCUGGGCCAGUUCCAAGAUUAGCAUUAAGAGUUGAAAACUACUGUGCCUCUUUGUUUAAAUUUUGUGACAUACGUAGUGUAUAUGUAAUAAUAAACCUUGUAUUCUUUAAAAUUGAAAAUUGAACAGCUUGGAAUUGUUUGACUGUUUCAUACUACUUGUUACAGAUGAUGACAAAUGAGUUAUAAGUUCUUAAUUUAA